AUGUUCCCGCAUCCUUUCUUUGCAGUACUUGUGGCUCUGGCCUUGCUCCUUGUCUCAUCACAAGCAACACCGGCCACCACAGAUGGGGCAAAAGUGUACUUAUUCGAGCACAAUUUUGUAAGACGUGAGAAGGGUAUUUCUGAACAUCUGGAGUGGAGCGACAAAUUGGCCAAGGACGCGAGCUUGUAUGCCCGCUUCCGAAGGGAUAAGUACCUGUGUACGCCAGGAAUUUUUGACAAAAAGAGGUAUGGCGUCGGCUGUAACCAGUGGUUGGAAGAUUCCGUGAAGAUUAUGGACCCGCGCGAGGUAAUGAGGCAAUGGGUAAAGGACAGAUUUUACUACAACGAGGGGAAUAACUCGUGCGUGCCGGCGAAUUACCCGUGCGGGGAUUACACACAGAUAGUGUGGAGGAAGACAAAGUAUCUAGGGUGCGCGCAAGCCGAGUGUGGGCCGGAUUAUGGGGGUGUUAGGUUGAAUGUUUGUUUUUAUUAUCCACCGGGAAAUGUCCCCGGGGAGAGACCAUACUGA